CAACAGCCUGCGGUCGACCCUCGCACAGCUGGCCGUUCAUCCCGAUCAUGCCUCCACGGUGCCAAUUGCUCUCAGGGAGCCUUCCCCGACCCGCAAAAUAUAUCCGCAGCGCGGCCCUUCUCCCCAGGACCUUCGCAACCACCGCUCCUCGCCAUGGACCCAAAGGUGGUGACUUGGGCUCUCAUCUUCCAGUAAAUGUCAUACCGAGGGAUGCAAACAUACCACCAUACCCCUACGGUCCAUCAUUACUGUACAGGCAAUCCAACAAGGGUCUUUACGGCGGACAGAGGAUACAAUUCGGCAACAAUGUCUCCCCAGACACAAAGACGAAGACACGACGACACUGGAAGCCAAACGUCUUGUCGAAGGCUCUGUACUCCGCCGCCCUCAACAGAAAAAUAAAGCUACGAAUAACCUCCAAGGUUCUCAAGACCAUGGAUCGUGAGGGCGGCCUGGACGAAUACUUGUUGAAAGAAAGCGAAGUGCGCAUAAAGGAGCUAGGUCCAUUAGGAUGGGCGCUACGCUGGACAUUGAUGCAGCAGCCAGAAAUCAUUGCAAGGUUCAGGGCCCAGGCUGCGGCAUUAGGUCUUGCUCAGGACGUUAUCGACAAGCAGUGGCCGAAGGUUUCACCAGCUCGCGAGGAGACCAAGGAACGGGCACAGGCACGGGUCGAAUCCGAGGUGGUUGCAGCAAAGGAACAAUACGACCGACGCACGAUGAUUGCGGAGAAGAGACUGGACAAUUGGAAUAAGGAGACUGCUCUCCAGCGAUGGGCCGAUAAAUGUAAGAGGAUGCGCGUAGCCCCCGAUACAAACUUCGCUCGUGCCAUGGCUGUGGAUGAGAGAGCCAAGAUCACCCGUGAGAUCAAGUGGGCUGGUGGUGAAAGCUCCUGGAAGGCCUGGAGAAAAGCAAAGAGGAAUGGAAGAGUGGAAGCUGCUGGAGGAGAUGAGGCUUGGUUCGCUCAUCGACGAGCAGACGAGUUGAUGAAGAAGCAACAGAGACAAGUUGAGGCGGAAAAGAAGUGGGCUCUGCUCCAAGAACAAGGUCGACGAGAUGCCGAACGAAAAGACGAAUGGGGAGCUGUGAUUAACGCGAAGAAGGGCGCAGCCCGGCUGACAGUCUAAGAGUGGGACUUGAAAGGUCAAACAGGAUUUCUUUAGCAGGCAUGACCAGCCACCUGUAUGACUACUGUUUGUAGAAUUGUACAAUAUCGUAUCUCCUGUGCCCGCAAUAUUGUGC